AUGAUGCUGUUAAGAGUAUCAAGUACACUUCACCGACUUAAUAGAUUCCCCCAGCUUAGAAGGCUGAUCUAUAUUAAUGCGGAACUCCAAAAUUCAUUAAACUCGGCGCCUUUCCACCCAGUCAUCGUAAUAGGUGGAGGUCAUGCUGGAUGUGAAGCUGCAACUGGUUCUGCUAGAUCUGGUUCUCAAACCACCUUAAUUACUCCUCACAUCGACAAAAUCGGUACAGCUUCCUGCAACCCGUCAAUGGGAGGUGUUGGCAAGGGAACUCUUCUAAGAGAGGUAGACGCACUAGAUGGAGUUGCUAGUAAAAUUACAGAUAAGGCAGGAAUUCACUUUAAAACUCUAAAUCUCUCUAAAGGUGCUGCCGUUCAUGGCCCCAGAGCUCAAAUAGAUAGAAAAAUUUACUUAAAAGAAAUGCAAAAAGAGAUCCUAAGCUAUCCGAACUUGAAUGUUUUGGAAGCUCAAGUUGAAGAUAUUAUCGUAGAGCCAAUUUUGAACAAGGCCGAAGACAGUAAGGAUGUUUCUGGUAGGCAAUUUAGUACAGUGAAAGGUGUUAUAUUAUCAGAUGGCACUGUUCUUAACACUUCCAAGGUUGUAAUUACCACCGGUACAUUUUUGGGUGGUGAGAUCCACAUUGGACUAACUGCCUAUCCUUCAGGAAGAAUCGGCGAGGAAGCAACAUUUGGAUUAUCCAAAACUUUGAAACAGGCAGGGUUUAGAUUGGGAAGGUUGAAAACUGGGACCCCGCCUAGAUUGUCGGCAAAGACUAUAAACUACAAUAAUUUACCUGAACAACCCUCAGAAAACCCGCCAAUCCCUAUGUCAUAUAUGAACGACACAGUAGAUUUAGCGGACCAUUUAGUAUCAUGUCAUAUGACACAAACCACCCCAAAAAUGCAUAAACUUAUAGCUGAUAACUUAGAUAAAUCUAUUCAUAUAAGAGAAACCGUUAAAGGUCCAAGAUAUUGCCCUUCUAUUGAAUCAAAGAUCAUCAAGUUCCCACAGAAAGAAUCUCACAUGAUUUGGUUGGAACCUGAAGGAUUGGAUACAGACUUAGUUUACCCAAAUGGGAUAUCUUGUACUAUGCCAGAAGAGAUCCAGGCCAAAAUGGUGAGAAUGAUUCCGGGAUGUGAGAAUGUAGAUAUGUUGCAACCGGGGUAUGGCGUUGAGUAUGACUACGUUGACCCCAGAGAGUUGAACAGAACGCUAGAAACAAAAUUAGUUAGUGGAUUAUACCUUGCUGGUCAAAUUAAUGGAACAACUGGCUACGAAGAGGCAGCAGCACAAGGGUGUAUUGCUGGUAUCAAUGCGGGUUUGUCUUUUAAACAGAAACCAAGUAUUGAAUUACUUCGCUCAGAUGGAUUUUUAGGUGUGCUUAUUGAUGAUUUGAUUACUAAAGGUGUGGAAGAACCUUAUAGGAUGUUUACGUCAAGAUCGGAGUUCAGAAUUUCCCUUAGAUCUGAUAACGCAGACAUGCGUCUUACUGAAAAGGGGUGGCAAGCAGGUAUCGUAGGGGAGAAAAGGUACAAUAAGUUCAAAAGUGAAUUAGAACAAUAUAACAACAUUAAGGAACAUUUGAUGUCAACUACAUGGCCCGGUUAUAAAUGGAAUAAGAUUUAUGGAGAAAGGACUUCAAUGCAAGUCAAUUUACUUGCCAGUGCUUGGAAAGUACUUUCUUACACUGGAAUAUCAACUCCAGAAAUGAUAAACAACUUACCCAAUAUCUCAUCAUCUGAAAUUCCGAAGUUUUAUGAUGGAUUAUCUGCUAGACUCAUCAACCGUCUUAACGUGGAAAGUAUGUAUGAUCCAUGGAUGAAGCGUGAAAAACACCACGUAAGAGCAUUCGAAGCUGAUGAGGACCUACUUUUACCUAUCAAUUUUGAUUAUAAUCACAAUGGAAAAGUGAAGAUUUCUUACGAAGUUUGCCACUUAUUAAAUACCAUUCAACCAAAGACUAUUGGUCAAGCUCGUAGAAUUCAAGGGGUUACUCCUGCUGCAAUUUUUGAGUUAUUUCAAUUAGUGAAAGAUAGACAAAGAGAAUUAUCACAACAGAGACAGAUUGAAAACAUUAGCUUUGAAGCGUGA